AUGGAUGAAAAUUUAGCUGGUGAACUUGGUCAAAGACUCAUUAACUCGAUAAAAACUAAAGACUACGAUGAAGCCAGAAGGCUUCUUAACGAAGGUGCUGAUCCAAGAUGGUCAGAUGAAAGUGGUCUGAACGCAAUGGACUAUGUGCAGUUAAAUAAUGACAAAGAUUUCUUCAAAGAGAUCAUAAUUGCUAAUAGAAAAAUCAAUGUGCGAACCGUCGUUGCAAAAUUACCAGAAUUAAUCGAUAGAAUUUUCCAAAUUCCAGAUAUGUCAUUCCAAUUCAAAUGGAAAGUAUAUUCUUGGAUGCCGUUAGUUACUUCUUUUUGUCCUAAUGAUGUAUGGACUGUUUAUAAAGUUGGUGGAAAAGUUAGAAUUGAUUCAACCACGGCGGAUUGGACUGGUUCUCGUUGGGCACGUGGUGACAUCUCAUUAUACAUCGAUCUACAUGUUCCUGAUCUCAGAGAUUCUUUCAUUAUUAUUGAUAACAAUACAGGUGAGAGAGUUAACCUUCUUCGCGAAGUUGAAAACAGCGAUGAGAUAGACAUUGAUGUUGACAAUCUUUUGAAGAUGGAUCUUUUGAAAGGAUCCCUACAUCCAGAAGUUUUUCAAAUUAAUCGCUCAAAGGGUACAUUUGGAAGAGAUCUUCCUCCAGUAAAUAUUGAAAAUAGAUGGUCAGCUACACAAUACGACUUAACAAAUGCAAAAAUAACCUUUUUGUAUUAUUAUUCAGAGAAUUUUGGAAAACCUGACCAAGAGCCUAUCGUCCAUUCAAAGACAUAUAGUGGAAAAUUCUGGUGCAGCAGAGAUUUCCCUGUUCAACCUUCCGCAAUCACUCCAUUCUUGGAAGCAUUGACACCUUUCAAAGAAACGGCCAAAAAUAUCCUUACAUUGCUCGGAAUGUUCGAAUCGGGAAUGCCUGUCAAAGCUACAGUUUACGUUUUCCCUACCGUUAAAUUUGCUUAUGAAAUUGUUAAUUACACUGAUAAUAUUGAGCUCUUUGGAACUAAAGUGGAUAUGCCACCACCUCCAGAGACUCCACAGAACUAA